AUGGACUUUGGGGACAUAAGCGCAGAAAUUGAGCGCAAGCGCAAGGCCAAGGAGAGUCUGACCGGCGGCUCGAAGAAAUACGUCAGGCGGGGUGACCUAGAAGCAGCUCGCUCAGAGGCAGAACAAGCAUCAAAGCGGGAUGAGUUAGCAAAACGAGAAGCUAAGCUUUGGCACGCUGCCAAGCAAGCUGCAGGCACGGAGGAGAAGCUGGGAGGAUCUCUCAAGCCGGAUGUGACUUCUGAUCUCGCUACCCCUGCAGACUCGGCAUCUCUGAUCGUGCAAGAUGAGAAACCAGAAGCUUUCAAUGUGUCAGACGAGGAAGCGGUCAGACGGCUUCGGUCCAAAGGUCAACCCAUCCGCUUGUUUGCGGAAUCCAACAGAGAGCGUCGACUGCGAUUGCGUGCACUCGAAUUGAUCGAGGAGCGUACAGAGGGACAGCAAAAUGAUCUCAUGCGCGCCAUGGAAGGCGUCGACCAGAGCCUCUUGGCCAAUCCGACCAUUACGACGAAUCCUACGACUGUCGGCAAGACCGCAGCGGAUAGGAUCAAGGCAGACGCAAUCGCAAGCGGAGGCACUUCUCCCGUCGGCACACCAGGCGCAUCUUCGCCAGCAGGAUCUGCCGUGGCCGCCGUAGAGGACGACAACGUCAAACGCACGGAAGAAGGAGACAUCAUCAUCGAUCUCGCUCUUCUCAAGACUGACCCGCGCAAGCUAUACCCGCACAUUUACUUCGCCCUCAAAAAAGUGCUCAAAGAGUGGGAAGCGAGUAUGGCCGAGAGGCCGGAGUCAGUGAGAAGGAGUACACAAGGCAAGCUAGCUGCAGCGACGCAGAAGCAGUCUGCCGAAUACCUCAAGCCUUUGUUCAAGGCUCUACGCAAAAGAGAGCUAGAACCGGAUGUACUCUCUGCAAUCGCAGAGAUCGUGCACAACAUGCAAGUCCGCGAGUACUUGCGAGCAAAUGACGCCUAUCUGCGUCUCUCGAUAGGCAAUGCGCCCUGGCCUAUCGGUGUCACCAUGGUGGGCAUCCACGAGCGUUCGGCUCGCGAGAAGAUCUUCAGCAACUCUGUCGCUCAUGUGCUCAACGAUGAAGUAUCACGAAAGUACAUCCAGUCACUCAAACGGUUGCUCAGCUUUGCCCAGAUCAAGAGACCGCCCGCAGAUCUCAGCCAGAUGUACGUCAAUCUCUGA